UUCUUCCUACAAUAUUAUUCCCAUUUUUCCAUCAAAAAUAAUUGCUCUAAUUUUAUUUUCAAUUCUUAUUCUCCCAUUGUUUGUUAAUUAAAUCAAUGGGGAUGAUUCAAAUAUUUUUUUGUUCCGUUUUUGUGUUGUUAAUGUUGUUCUCGAAUUUAUGUCACGGUAACAAUUUUUUCAUUGGUGGAAGAGAUGGUUGGGUUUUAAAUCCAUCGGAAAGUUAUAGUCAUUGGGCUGAAAGAAACAGGUUUCAAGUUAAUGAUACCCUUAUCUUCAAGUUCAAAAAAGGCAAUGAUUCAGUGCUGUUAGUCACAAAGGAGAAUUACAACGCAUGCAACGUGCAAAACCCAAUUGAGGCUUUAACAGAGGAAGAUUCACAAUUCAAGUUCCAAAGAUCUGGAUUGCACUAUUUUAUUAGUGGCAAUAUAGAUCAUUGUAAUAAAGGCCAAAAAAUUAUCAUUUGGGUACUUGCUGUUAGGCCUAAGAAAUCUCCUCCUGCACCAGCACUACCACCUACACUCUCUCCGCCACCUUUGGCAUCGCCACCAGCUCCGGCCUCAAGUGCACCGGCUGUUAGCCCCGGCCCCGCCGAUGCACCUUCUCCAACCUCUGAUAAACCGCAUAACUUGGGCUUCAGUGUUUCGGAGCCGGGGUUGUUCAAUAGUGUAGUUAUUGGAGUUGGUGUGUUUAUGGCUUGUUUUGGUUCGAGGAUUUAAUUAGGUGCAAAUUUACCUUUAUAUGGCUUGAUAUUACUAUCAAUAUUUAUGAUAUAUAAUUAAUGUAUUUUCGGAUCUUAAUUUGCAUGUUAUGUUAUGUGAAGAAUUUUAAUUUAAUUUAUGGUUAACAACUCU